AUGGCUUCUGACUCGAUGCCUGUCAAAGCGACGGAGACUACUCCCUUGCUACCAUCCCACAAACGCGGCAUCAAGGCCGCCCUAUCGACAAGCAGUGCCCCACAGCAGGACAGUCUACCAUAUAAUGACUACCAUACCAUCGACUGGCUUCAAGACCUCGUGCAAGAUAGUCAUCGACGCGACACCUCAAGUCUCUAUUCUCGACGAGGAAUACGCUAUCGCAUCGCCAAGCUAUGGGACGCUUCUCAGGGCUGGGUCGCAGCUUUCGUCAUCGGUCUUUUCACUGCCUCCAUCGCAGCAUUCGUAGACGUCAGCGUUGAGGUUUUAGCAGAUCUCAAAGAUGGUUACUGCACCAACAACAUAUUUCUGAGUCACCGAGCUUGUUGUGCGUCAGAGACAAACUGUCAGAACUGGAAGUCGUGGACAGAAAGCUACGUGUAUGCAUACGCCAUCUAUGUCGGCCUUGCUCUGGCCUUUGGUAUCAUCGCUGGAAGCGUCACCGCGACUACGAAGACGAAUCUCACUGCCGUCGCUCCGGAGAAAGAACGAUCGUCUGCAAGCGCAAGCGGAAAGGUUAUGUACAUGGCGGCAGGAAGCGGCAUCCCUGAGAUAAAGACUGUAUUGUCCGGCUUCUGCAUCCCUCAUCUCUUCGAUCUCAAAGUCCUUAUCGUCAAAGCCAUCGGAUCAAUCUUCGCAGUCGCAACGGGCAUGUGUCUGGGAAAAGAAGGUCCGUUUGUACACAUCUCAGCUUGUGUUGGGUAUCUUGUUACCAUCUGCAUCCCCAAGUACGCGAGUAACCAACGGAAAUUGAGGGAGAUGCUCAGCAUCGCAUGUUCAGCAGGUUUAUCUGUCGCUUUCGGGGCUCCUAUUGGAGGUGUUCUGUUCAGCUACGAGGAGAUCAGCACUUACUUUCCUCGUCGAGUACUUUGGCGAAGCUGUCUAUGUUCAGUGGUGGCGGCGGCUGUUCUCAAGGCACUCAACCCUACAGGUACCGGUAAACUUGUUCUAUUUGAGACCAACUACGGCGUCAACUACGAUGCUCUUCACUAUUUUGUCUUCGUCAUUCUCGGCGUCUGCGGUGGUGUAUUUGGUGGAGUAUUCUGCAGAGCCAACUUCCUGUGGUCCAAGUCGUUCCGAAAGAUUUCGCUCAUCAAGAACAAUCCUGUCUUUGAGUUGGCCCUUGUGACGUUGAUCACUGCAGUUCUUCAGUUUCCGAAUAUGUUGAUUAGGGAAACUGGUGAUAUUGUGAUGCAGCGAUUACUUGUUGACUGCAAUCAAGUUAACGAGGACUGGGUCUGCCAGCAGGAGGCCCAAGCUACUGGCAAGGGUACCUACUACGCAUGGCUGGUCUCCGGGACAUUCGUCAAGCUAUUUCUAACGACCAUUACAUUCGGCUGCAAGGUCCCAUCUGGAAUUAUCAUCCCCGCGAUGGAUGCAGGUGCGCUCUUUGGUCGAAUGAUCGGGCAACUCAUCCCCAACAUCUCACCGGGGGUCUUCGCCAUGGUCGGGUCAGCAGCCUUCCUAGCCGGGGUCAGUAGAAUGACUGUCAGUCUAGCUGUCAUCAUGUUUGAGCUCACAGGAGAAGUCAACUUCAUUCCGCCUUUCAUGAUCGCCAUCCUCACUGCGAAGUGGGUGGCUGAUGCAAUCAGUGCCGAUGGUGUUUACGAUCUUGCUCAGCAUCUUCAAGGACAUCCCUUCUUGGAGGCUGAGGGUGCUAUCAGCAAGGUUCGAGAGUUCAGAGACGAUGAGGGCAGUGCGAUAGUAGACGCUCUUCUUCCUUCGGGAGAUGCCACGGACGACGCUAUUGUGUCUGUCGGUCCGGACUAUCGUGUCUUCACAUCAGUACUCCAACACAAGCUCUCUUAUCUUCAGAACAGCGGCCUGAGCGACUCUGGACUUGUGUUGGUUAACGACAAGGGACUCUGUCACGGUUAUAUCUCGCAUUAUAAACUGGAGCAAGCCUUGCAAAUGAUUGAGAAAACUGAUGGUGUUGAAGAGUCUAAUGAGAUAAACGCUCUUGAAGGGACUCUUGCGGAGGCGAUCGAUAGAAGUCCUCUCACCCUCUCCUCAAGAGCACCCCUUGAGUAUGCUGUGGAGCUAUUUGGAAAGCUGGGUAUUAGUUAUCUGGUCGUCACUGAGGAGGAUACAGCGAAGGUGCUGGGAGUUGUGUCUACGAAGCAAUUAAUCGCUUUCUUGGAUAGGUUGAAGUAG